UUGGCCUGGGUGCGGUUUAUGCAGCGCUCCAGCCGCGCCUUUUCCUGUCACAGCAGAACGACCGUGCGUAAAGACGGCGGGUCAGCUGACAGCUCCCAGAGCAGCAAGGAAAGAAGCGAAGCUUGCGGGUGAAUGAGCUGGGAAUACGCUGGACACUCGAAGCGGAACUGGGAGUAAAGCAGUGGCGGCUUUUGUGGGAUAAUCGGGGAGGCGUUUGGUUUCACAAUGGUACGCUGGGAGUGAGAAGCAGCCACAAUGAUUGGAGGAUUGUUCAUCUACAACCACAAGGGGGAGGUCCUCAUCUCCCGUGUUUACCGAGAUGAUAUAGGGCGUAAUGCGGUGGACGCGUUCCGCGUGAACGUGAUUCACGCCCGGCAGCAGGUUCGGUCCCCGGUGACCAACAUUGCCCGCACCAGCUUCUUCCACGUCAAGCGCUCCAACAUAUGGCUGGCUGCCGUCACCAAGCAGAACGUCAACGCCGCCAUGGUGUUCGAGUUCCUGUACAAAAUGUGUGACGUGAUGACGGCCUACUUCGGCAAGAUCAGCGAGGAGAACAUCAAGAACAACUUUGUGCUCAUCUAUGAGCUGCUGGAUGAGAUCCUGGACUUCGGUUACCCCCAGAACUCCGAGACCGGCGCCCUGAAGACCUUCAUCACCCAGCAGGGCAUCAAGGGACAACAUCAGACAAAGGAGGAGCAGUCUCAGAUCACCAGCCAGGUGACGGGGCAGAUCGGCUGGCGGCGUGAGGGCAUCAAAUAUCGCCGCAACGAGCUUUUCCUGGAUGUACUGGAAAGCGUCAAUCUACUCAUGUCGCCUCAAGGUCAGGUCCUGAGCGCACACGUGUCGGGCCGAGUCGUGAUGAAGAGCUACCUGAGCGGAAUGCCCGAGUGCAAGUUUGGCAUGAAUGACAAGAUUGUCAUCGACAAACAGGGAAAGGGAGGAGCGUCUGAUGAUGCAGGAAAGAGUGAUUUAGGGGGAGGAAGUGGGAAACAGUCCAUAGCCAUCGACGACUGCACUUUCCACCAGUGUGUGCGUCUCAGUAAGUUUGACUCGGAGCGCAGCAUCAGCUUCAUCCCUCCAGAUGGCGAGUAUGAGCUCAUGAGAUAUCGCACCACUAAAGAUAUCAUCCUUCCAUUCCGAGUUAUUCCUCUGGUCAGGGAGGUGGGCCGCACUAAACUGGAAGUUAAAGUGGUCAUUAAGUCGAACUUUAAACCCUCACUGCUGGCUCAAAAGAUUGAGGUGCGAAUCCCAACACCCCUCAACACCAGCGGCGUCCAGGUGAUUUGCAUGAAGGGCAAAGCCAAAUACAAGGCCAGUGAGAACGCCAUCGUUUGGAAGAUCAAACGAAUGGCUGGAAUGAAGGAAUCUCAGAUCAGUGCUGAGAUCGAGCUGCUGCCCACCAACGACAAGAAGAAAUGGGCCAGGCCUCCUAUCUCUAUGAACUUUGAGGUUCCUUUUGCUCCGUCUGGCCUGAAGGUGCGCUACUUGAAGGUGUUCGAGUCCAAGCUCAACUACAGUGACCACGACGUCAUCAAAUGGGUGCGGUACAUCGGCCGCUCCGGCAUCUACGAAACCCGCUGCUGAAUUUCCACCCUAGCAGGCAGCAAACCGACCACUUCCCCACCCUCAUCUAUCCCCGUUAAGAAUUUUUUCUUCUGCCCUCUUCUCCCUACUUUGUCUUUGUUCUCUUCCUCAGCCCCAAUCACUUCUCCUCCCCAUUAUCCCUUCUUAACUAGGUGUUGGAGAUCAAAUUUACAUCGUUUAAAGAGGAAAAAAAAAAGUAAAUAUGGUGUAAUGCACAGAUAUAUGCAAAAUGUGAACCGUUGUAUCGUAUAUAUCUAGUAGUGAUGAGUACAGUUGUGAACCAUCUGAUGUCUGAAAGAAAAAGACGUGUGAUGCUGGAGUCUCAGGGGGAGAGGCAGAAGGUUUGAAUGAGUGCUCAGAUUGUUCAGUGUUAUUCUUCUAUCUACUGUUAAGGUCCUCAAUGUCACUUUUACCUGAUAAGGCGGUUAAUAAGACGAGUCCAGAUGGUUUCUAUUUACAUGUAUUCCAGUAAAGUUUACCAUCUGAAUAAAUUGACAGAUUUGUCUUCUUGUGGAUGGACCCCCUGUGUAUUUCUCACCCAAGAGGGUGAAAUCAUUCCCGACUUUUGUCGUUUUGGUAGCUGAUCCAGAAAUUACAUUGUUCAAGUUGGUUUUGCUACUGCCAGCAUGUGCUCCUUUCGGAGACGCGCCAGGUCAUUUGAGGUCAGACCAUCGUCCUCAUUAGGGUAUCGUGACUCAUUUCCCCCCAGAUAUUUUAUAAGCACUAAGAUGAUCAUUGUCACACUAUUUUCAAUUCAAAGAUCAGUCGGCAGGGUUUGCAGCGAGGUGAGGUCUCCCCCUGGUGUUUGCUUCGCCACUGUCUGCUUCUUCUUGUUUGUAGCCCUGGUGACCGUUCUGUCCAAUAAAAUCUACGUAACCAAACCUGCUGCCUGGUUUCCCUUUCUCUGAUAUUGUUGGAGUGACGCUUUUCCUACAAAGCUGGUUUAAAAUUUGAUUGCCUAUUAAAACCAAAACGUCUUGAGCUUAUGGAAAAGCGAAAACUUAAAAAUCUCUUUAAAGGUGAAACUUCUAUGUAGUUUAAUUCCACAUAUUUAAAAAGCUUAUUUCUCAUGUUUUACAUCAAAUUAAGAUCUAAGAAAACAAUUACUGAAAAGUAUUGUGUGCUGCACAUUAUGUACUUGGUCAGGGUUACUCUUUCAUAAAUUACUGACUCCGCUUUUAUGGUGACUGAACUUGUCUGCAUUGUUGGUUCCGAAACGUUUACUUCCCUCUUGACUAAACUUCUCAGAUCGUGUUUGUCCAACAAACUGGCUUGACGUAAUGACAGCAUGGGAGGUAGUAGAGUUUUGGCAGGUGAGAUGUCCUGCUGGGAACUGAAAUCGGCAAAUAUCACCAGCAAAAGGAAGCAUUGGGUGUCAUAAAAUUUGUGCUGUGGUGGACCAACAGCAGCAGGAAACGUGGCUCCCCACAUCAUUGCUCAACAUUUCUAAUGCACAUCAGAGUGGAUUCUGUACCUCGCCACACUCUUUGAUUUCCAAAUGAAAUGCAAAUUUUCUGUGCUGAUAAAUCUGUGGUAGCUUCAGUCCACACCUCCAGACUCUUGAAUAGGCUUUGGCUUACAAUCCCCUCAAGGCUCCAGCUAUCCUUGCUGCUAUUUUCCAUUAAUAUACCUUACGACUUUUUACUAUUUUGCCGUUUACUCCAUGAUUGUGUAGGCUGCAGCAGUUUAAGAUUUAUCGGUCUCCUAAUAUUGUACAACUUUCUAUGAGCCAUUAUGUAAAUGUGUGUUUUUUUUGUUUUUUUUUUUUAACUUAUUCACCCAAACUUUUCAAUUAUAUUCCAGUUUGAGAUGGGAUGUCAUAAUUAGAAAAUUCUGUUUCAUCCGACAGGUUACACGAGCAUGUUACUAUUAAGUGUGGAAUCCUUAAAACCGAGACAGCCGAAAUGUUUUUGGACAAGUUUUAAUACAUUUUUGCUCUUCCUGUACAUCCAGUACGCAGGACAAAAAUAAACCUCCAAACGUAACACAAACCAUGAUUAAAACUGUGGCUAUUAUCAGCUUGCCUUUAUGUGGACAUGCUGGAACUGAAGUUACGGAUUUAAAAGAAAACUCAAGACUAGGUUGUUUAGCACCAGAAUCCAGACAGAAUUUGUUUUUUCUCUUUCCAGACUAUACUGGAUUUUUAAAUUUUUAUUUUUUUUUACUGUAGACAUGAAAACCAUGUCUGCACAGACUAGCAGAGCUUUCAGAUGUGAUCACUUUUACUCAGAGACAACAUGCUUUUUCACUGGAGUUGGAGAACUACAAAUUUUAAAUACUUAAACUCACAUGCCUCAUUUCUUAGAAACUGCGUAUCUAAGAAAAAUAAUCAUUUGGGGAAGGAGGGCCGCUCACUCAAAGUGAUGAAACCAUCCAAUCUGCAUCAGAGGAAGGCCUGUUUUACAUUUAUUUAUUUAGUUUCUCAUGCCACUCCUCCCACGAGGAAGUUCUGAUCACACUUUUUUUUUUUUUUGACAAUGACUAAACUUACAGUACACCAUUUAAUGGUUUUACAAAUGUGUAUGUUUUGAAAGUCAAAAGCCUAAUACUUUGUCUUGUAACAAUGUAUCAAAGUUAAAUCACUUACUCACAGCUCCAGAUCUGUAGGACAAUGUUACAGGACACAAAACAAUAUGUAAGUUGCACCUUGCUUAUAUUGAUUCUCUGCUCAGGGAAGAAUAAGGCGAGGGGAAGAGAGAGUGAAAAAAAAACCUGGGAUGAAACGCUAAAAAAAUAAACAUUUCCACACCAAGAUUUAAAUGCGUCAUCCAUUCAUCCACGCCACUUAAAGGCGUCUAGUUUAAAACUAGUCUUUCAAAGACCGAUUCUCGUCAGCAGAUAGUAAAAAUUUCAAAGCUAAUUUAUUUACUAUAUGCAGGAACUAGUAAGCUGAACCCAGCAUCUGGUAACAAGACAGAUGCCUUUAAGGGAUACGUUAAACAUGCUGACGUACAAACAAUGCCGUGCAUAUACGUGGGCACACCAAGCUCCACCAUAGACAAGCUAAAACUCAGAAAACAAUGUUGUGGCUUGGUUGACCUGUUAUACUCAGAUUCAGCUUAGAUCUGAUGUAAUCGGAUGUUAUUGGUUUCAGGUGCCUUAUUUUGAGGGUAAAUUCUGCAGCGAACAAGCAGAUAAUUAAAACCGUGUCAUGAUUGUGAAUCCAAAUUAAACCUUCUGGUGCAACUCAAGUCACCCCAAAAAAAAAAAAAAAAAAAAAAACA